GUUUUACAUUAUGCUCUGUAAUUUAAGGAAGAUGACACCAAAAUAUGAACUUAUUUUGGACCCUUCAAUCACAACGUGAAAACCGGUCAUUUCUACCAAAAAUAGAUUCAAACAAAUCAAAAGGCCAGCUUUGUUUCUUCUCCUCCUUGACUUAAAUAAAGCAGCCCAACAAAUAAAAAAAAAAUAAACAAAAGAGAAAAAAUUCUCUUUUCUAAAAACUUUGUCUUAUAAUUUGUCUCUGUUUCAUCAAAGAAACAGAGGAAAAACAGGUGAAAACAGAGGAAAAAACCCCCCACCAACCCAUUCAAUUCAUUCUUUUGUUCUCUAAAUUGAUCAUGGGUUGUGGGGAAUCAAAGCAUGCUGUUGCAACAACCAACACAAUUAGCCAAACCAAGAGGUCAAGUUCUAAGAAGGGAAAUGAUGUUGAAGAGAAACCAACAUCAAAUGAACCUCUGUUGCAGGAAGAAAAGGCAAAAGGAGAUGAUGUGGAUGUUGUUGUGAACGAAAAAGAAAUUGAAAAGCCGUCAGAAAAAGCAGGGGAGAAUGGGAAACAACAGAGUAAUGAUGUUGUUGUUGUUAAUCAAGAAAAGGGUGUUUUAGAAUCAUCAUCUUCUGCUGUUGCUGCUGUUGCAGAAGAAGAAACUGCAACAAAAGCAGAGGAAAUUAAAGAAACUGCUGUUAUUGUUGCUGAGGUUACAGAGGAAGUGUUAGGAAAGAAAGAGGAGUUGAAGGAAGAAAAGGAGGAAAGUAAAGAAGCCAUUGAAUCUGUUGUUGUUGUUCAAGAGAAGGAGAAAGAAUCAACUGCAGAAGCCAAGAAAGAAGAAGAAGCCAUUGAGGGAAAUGAAGCAACUCAAACAAAAGAAGGAGAAUUAGCAGCACCAGAAACUACCUCUGCUGUAACAGAGGAUUCAACCAAAACUGAAGAGGAAAAGGCUCCUGCUGCUAAAGAGGAAAGUAGUACUCCUGCUACUACUGAAUCAUCGUCUACAGAGACUCCAAAGACAGAUUGAAAAACUCAUCAUCAGCAAAAGGGACUGCUCAUUCCUGGGAGUUGAAUUUGAUCUUCACAAUUCACCAAGUUUGUCAUACACAUCCAAAUCAUGAAUUCCAUUUGAUCAGUAUUAGUAUUUUUGUAUUGCUUCUUACAAAAAAAAAAAAAAAAGGAGGAGCAUUUUAUUCAAGAUGCUGUAAUAUUUCAAAGGAUUUAUGAAAACUCUCAACAAUGUUGUUAGUUUCACAUCAUUUUUAUCAUCGGAUUCGCUUCAAGGAAAAACAAGUCCGGCUUGUUCAUGCUAUUGUGUUUUGGUCAAUUGUUAGUGAUGGACAACUUUGGGGAAAAGAAAAUACUCAAGAAUUCUCUCUUUUAAUUGAUGGUUACACAAUG